AUGGAGAAGUUGCCUGCAAAAAGAUCAUUAUUUGAUACUUUUUUAGAAGAAAUUAACGAUGAAGAGUCGAUAUUAGAUUUUCCAAAUAAUGAAACAUCUAUUGAAAUCGAAGAAAAAAUAUGGAUGGAGGAUGAGAAUUCUUCAACUAAUAGCAAAGACGCUAUUUUAAAUGAACAUAAUUGUGAUAUUAAUAUUAUGCUUAAAGCAUUUGAUGAUGCAUUUGAAACAAUGUAUGGCAAUAAUGAAGUGAGCUCUACUCAUAUUCAGAAAUUAUCUGAAGAAUUCCAAGAAAAUUGUGUGCAUAUGAUAAAUACAAUUAAAACCCAAAGUGAAUUGAUUGAAAUCGAAAAGUCCAAGUAUAAUGUAUUGGAAAAUGAAUCUACUUCUACUAUAAAUAAGUUACAAUUGGAAGUUGCAAAAUUAAACUUUCAACUCAAACAACAAUCUUCAUUUAGUUCUUUUAUUGGAUCUACACUAUGUUACUAUUUGUGGAAAGCAACUGAAAUAUCUUCAGUAAUUGAUUUGAUUUUACAAAAAGAUAACAUAACAAAUAUGGCUACAUUUAUAGCAAAUAUACUUAGUUCUUUUAUUAAAUCAUACGAGUAUCAGCAGAUGCCAUCAAUACAAACAAAAGAAACACAAUUUGUGUUACAAAUUUUGAGAAUACUAGCAAACCUAACAACAACAAAAAGUGGUUGUCACUUUUUUUCCCAAGUAAAUGAUGGAAUUAAUAUUGUUAAUCUUAUAGUGACUUUGGUGUUGUGUACACCUCCAUCAAAUAAUAUAUUAAAGAAUAUUGCUUAUGCAACAUUGUAUAAUGUAAGUAUCCAAUUUAAUGGAUACUUGCUUAUGAAAAAUAGUAAACUUAUACAAACAUUACAAAAUGAUAUUAAAGUAGUACCUACCAGAGACAACAACACAAUAUUGUUUUCUUUAAACUUAUUACUUUCUCUAAGUAGAAAAAUGGAUAAAUCAAUGUAUUUGAUUUUUAAAAAUGAAAUAAAUUUACAAGAAAUACUCAAGUUAACAAAAUAUACAGAAACAGAAUUAAUAGCCAGAAAAAUAUUUGAUAACAUUAAUAUUGCAAGUAAAAAAUUUACUGAAAAGUCUGAAUAA